GGUAGUGGUAUCGCUUUGAUCGACAAAUGAUCAAAUCUACUUUUGGAAUACCUCUAAAGGGCCUCUGAUACGGAGCAACGAGGCAUAGACCCGAGAAUUCUGACCUUGUUUCAACGACUGCACGUCUCUUCAGCAGCAUUCGGCUUCCCUUUGUCUGAGCCCACAAUGAGUCAAAGUGUGCAUGCUGAAUAUCUACGACGUCAAAUCUUCGACCGGCUCGAGAUAGCUCGAGACUCGUUGCACCAAAUCAUGGCAGCCACGCGAGCUUUACGAGUGUGUGCUUUUCGCGCUCUGGUCGGGUCGUCGCCCGCGAAUACGGCCGUAACGUCAUUGGAAUCGCUCCGACAUGACAGGGACCAGAUAGUGCUCAAACUUGAAGCUUGGAAGAUAGCAUUCAGAAGGAUUCAAGGGUCACUCGGUCCUCAGCUAUGGUGUUCUUGUUUCCCUGCAUCGGUCCUAUGGGCACACUUUUCGAUAGCAAAAGUCUAUACUGAGACAAGCCUUGGCCUCUCGCAAGAGUGUUAUGCUGAUCACCACGAGACAUUUGAAGAAAUUGUGGAGGCUGCGAAAAAUGGUCUCCCUCAAAUGCUUGAGGAAACAAAGACUGCUAGCUUCUCGUUCGAAGCAUGCUUCCUGACACCACUUUAUCUUGGUGCGCUAAAAUGUCGAGAGCCGAUCUUACGUAAUCUGAUGCUGCAUUAUAUGCACUUUACAAAGGCGAAAGAAGGUCUCUGGCAUCGGUCAGAAUGCAUUCGAGUUGCUACACGAGUGAUGGAAUUGGAACAAGGCCGCUCAGAAUUUAUCUCCGCAGAUGACGACUUCAGGUCCUCGGGCGCGUUCAUUCACUUCCAUGAUGUGAUGGCUGAACUGAACUACCGGAGCGAGGGAAAGACCAUGGUCGACGUUACUUAUGUUCUAUACCGUCCUUGCGAGGGACGUUCGUGGCGGUAUAUGAAAGAGACACUGGUAGUCAAUGAGUGAGAGGCACUUCUACGUACGGGGACAAAGUACUUGAUGCUCGAAUAUGCAUGCUCGACUAGCAUGCGCCUUGACUAUUGUGCUACGAAAUACCGUUGCUUGCAAAGUACUUUACAAUAUCUGGCUU